AUGAGCGAUCGAAAGCGCAGCAUUCCCAAGGGCAGGGCCACGCUCAAAGCCGCAGAUGUGGCGCUCAACCUGGGCGACUGGGUCCAGAUUGGGGACAACGAGCAGCUCACUGGCAAGGUGAUGUUCAUAGGCAGCACCAGCUUCGCCGAGGGGGAGUGGGUGGGCGUCUACUGCCAGAAGCCAGUGGGCAAGAAUGAUGGCAGUGUGCAGGGCGUGCGCUACUUUGAGUGCCCGGCCAAGCAUGGGCUCUUCGCACGUGCGCCCAACCUGGUACGCCUGCAGAAGGUCCCGCAGGCGGCAAUAGAACGGUUGGCCCGCGCUGGCCUCAGUUGGAGCGUGCGCGGCGCUGUGCAGUUGUGCUACGGUGAAUACCUUUUUGUUCUGCCGGGGCUGGUGAACCCGUGCGUGGUGCUAGUUGUGCUUGCCGUUGGCCAGUCCAGUUUGGCAGAUGCCUCAUGUGCCAUAGAGCUAGCCAGCCGGAUCCCGGUUUUGGACCUUGGCAGCGCCUUCACAGAGGUCAGGCCCGUGGAACUGCCCAAGGAGAAGCUGGAAGCAGGCCCAAGGAUUGCUCCUGGCGCCUCUGCGCCGGAGGAGGAGACGUGGGGUCCCUUACAAUGCAGUCGCAAGAUGAUCAGCUUGGAGGUGUCAGGGGUCCAGGACUCCCAGGCUGCAGCCCUGCGCAGGGAGCAGAUGCCUCGGAUGCUCGCCCGCGCGGUGGAGGAGCACGACUUCCCGCAACUGCGGAAGGUGCUGCCGAAGGCGUCCAUGACUGUGGCCUGCCGGGAAGUGGAGAGCGGCUGGAAGCUCUGGGACUUUGAGUACUGCCGCCUCAAGGAAGCUGAGGCCAAGGGCCAACAACAAGUUGACCAGCUGAAGCUGGUCUUGUCCACCAUCACCCAGGAGGUGCACCGCCUGCGAGUAGAGGAGCUGCGCCAGGAGGCGUCCCUGGCUGAGGAGCUACGGCAAAUGCUCAGCAAGUGCAAGUCCGAGCUGCUUGGUCCGACCUUUCCAGAGGCCACGUUGCGGGCGAUCCGGCAGUCGGUGCAGGAGGCAAUGCACCCACUGUUGGCGGAGUUGGCCACCAAUCUCCGCGGUGAGGUGGUUUGCUCCUCGCCACAAGAACAGAGCGAACAUCUGCGGAUGACAACGAGCUCAGCAGACAAGCCAGCAGCCGAGGCGCAGUAUGAUUCUCAGCAUGAGUCAGCUGCGGUGCGAAUACAGGCUCAACACCGAGGCAAUCAGGCACGGAAGUCAACAGCAGAGGAAAGGGAGAAGAAGGAGGCAACCAAGGCUCAGGCAGAGCAGCCAGCAGACAAGCCAGCCGCCGAGGCGCAGUAUGAUUCUCAGCAUGAGUCAGCUGCGGUGCGAAUACAGGCUCAGCAUCGAGGAAAUCAGGCGAGAAAGUCAACAGCAGAGGAAAAGGAGAAGAAGAUGGAGGCGGCCAAGGCUCAGGCAGAGCAGCCAGCAGACAAGCCAGCAGCCGAGGCGCAGUAUGAUUCUCAGCAUGAGUCAGCUGCGGUGCGAAUACAGGCUCAACACCGAGGCAAUCAGGCACGGAAGUCAACAGCAGAGGAAAAGGAGAAGAAGAAGGAGGCGGCCAAGGCUCAGGCAGAGCAGCCAGCAGACAAGCCAGCAGCAGAGGCGCAGUAUGAUUCUCAGCAUGAGUCAGCUGCUGUGCGAAUACAGGCUCAACACCGAGGAAAUCAGGCUCGGAAGUCGACAGCAGAGGAAAAGGAGAAGCAGAAGGAGGCGGCCAAGGCUCAGGCAGAGCAGCCAGCAGACAAGCCAGCAGCCGAGUCGCAGUAUGAUUCUCAGCAUGAGUCAGCUGCUGUGCGAAUACAGGCUCAGCAUCGAGGAAAUCAGGUGAGGAAGUCUGCAGCAGAGGAGAAGGAGAAGCAGAAGGAGGCGGCCAAGGCUCAGGCAGAGCAGCCAGCAGACAAGCCAGCCGCCGAGGCGCAGUAUGAUUCUCAGCAUGAGUCAGCUGCGGUGCGAAUACAGGCUCAGCGUCGAGGAUAUCAGGCGCGGAAGUCAACAGCAGAGGAAAAGCAGAAGCAGAAGGAGGCGGCCAAGGCUCAGGCAGAGCAGCUAGCAGGCAAGCCAGCAGCCGAGACCCAGUACGAUUCUCAGCAUGAGUCAGCUGCGGUGCGAAUACAGGCUCAGCAUCGAGGAAAUCAGGCGCGGAAGUCAACAGCAGAGGAAAAGGAGAAGAAGAAGGAGGCGGCCAAGGCUCAGGCAGAGCAGCCAGCAGACAAGCCAGCAGCAGAGGCGCAGUAUGAUUCUCAGCAUGAGUCAGCUGCUGUGCGAAUACAGGCUCAGCAUCGAGGAAAUCAGGUGAGGAAGUCUGCAGCAGAGGAGAAGGAGAAGAAGGAGGCGGCCAAGGCUCAGGCAGAGCAGCCAGCAGACAAGCCAGCAGCAGAGGCGCAGUAUGAUUCUCAGCAUGAGUCAGCUGCUGUGAGAAUACAGGCUCAACACCGAGGAAAUCAGGUUCGGAAGUCUGCAGCUCAGGAUAAGGCGAAGCAGAAAGAGACGUUGGAGGGCCCCUCUCGGCUGUCAGUACCAGGCGCAGCUUCAGCGCACGAGCGCCGGCGCAGCAGCCAUCGCCUGCCCAAGCUGACCGAGGUGGAGUGGGCUCAUCUGAUCCCGGUGCCAAGCAUCUACGGACGGGGAGCUGUUCGAGUUGCAGAGACGCAUCGCCGUGCCAUUACCCUUGGACAGCUCAAGGACCUGUCGCAGCUGGUGGGGUCUGUCUUGGACAGCCUGCAGGUGCAGGACCCCAACCCCAGCACCAAUCUGGGCCGCAUCAACUUACAGAAUGUGAACUUGUACCACAUGAACGAGCUCUUUGUGCUGCGCCUCACCAAGAAGGAGAUUUGCAGCUUCACAGAGCUGGUGAUGGACGGCCCGCAGGACCCUGCCUGGUUUGUCUCCCACUGGUGGGGUACACCCUGGCGCGACAGUCUGGCCAUGCUGAACUUUCACUCAGAGGUGCACAAGCUGGCAGAAGCCAGCCCAUACUGGAUCUGCACUUUUGCGAACAAUCAGCAUGACUUGGAGGAGCUGAACACCUCAGAUCUGCUGGAGACCCCCUUCGUGCGCGCCAUCAUGAGCCAGACCUGCCAGGGCACAGUCAUGCUUAUGAAUGAGAAUGCCGAGCCCUUUCGGCGAACCUGGUGCACGCUCGAGAACUUCAUCAGCACGCAGCAUGUGAAGAAGAAGUCGAGCAUUCACCACUUCGAGGUGGCAGCCGUGGUGCAGGAGGGCAGGCAGAAGAUCACCGUGGGGGAGCAGCAGGUCCGAGUUCCGAGAUGCCCAGCGCUGCUGCAGCGAGGAGACAAUGAGGAAGGCUUUAUUGACAAGGUAGACUUUGAGGGCGCGUGGUUCCCCAACGAAGUUGCAUGUAGCGGAGUGAAAGUGGAUAUUGCCACCGCCAACGCCUCAAAUGAGGACGACAAGUGCAACAUUUUGCGCCUGAUCAUCGGGGAGACCGACCCCAGCAAGAUGCCGCAGCCUCCGGCCCAGCACGAUAAGUACGAUGAAGUCAACUGUGCCAUCCACCGGGUCUUUGCGCCGAUGGCGAUGCAUGAUGCGGCACAGGAUGGAAACGUGCAAGAGGUGGAGCGCUUGCUCUCGGCGGGAUUGGUGGACCUGGCCGGCAAGCCCACGCGCAACUCAGCGGGGGAGACGCCGCUGUUUGCUGCCUGCGCCAAUGGGCGUGCCCAGAUGGUGCAACUGCUCCUUGAGAAGCGUGCGGAUCCCAAUCUCACCAAGUCCACCGAUGGCAUGAGUCCCGCCUGCGCGGCAGCUGCGGGAGACCACGAGGAGGUGCUGGAGCUUUUGCUAGAAGGAAAGGCCGACGUGAACCUCGCCAGCACGGACGGUGGCACGCCCUUGCUGAUGGCGAUUCAGGCUGGGCACUACCACCUGGUGGAUCGCUUACUGCAGGCCAAGGCGGACCCUAACGGAGCGGCCAACAGCCAGCAGACUCCAGUCCAGUUCAUGACCCUGGCGCUGGUGCACAAAGGUGGCGAGACGGAGGAGGAGCAGCACGAGUUCGAGCACGCGUAUGAAGCACUGGAGCGCUUGCUCAAGGCGCGUGCAGACCCGGACCGGGUGAACCAGGGCGGGGGCAGUGCGUUGCUGGCAGCGGCAGUGAGGGACAGCCUGGACGCCCUGGAGCUGUUGCUGGACGCAAAGGCGGAUCCCAACCAGCGAGACCCGGAGUACCAGGCCACGGUUCUGUCGUGGUCCGCGCACAACGCCUACGCGGCGUCCUCUGUCGAUGCUGUCACUGCCCUGGUCAAGAAUCGCGCCGACGUCAACGCUGUUUCUGGAGAAGAGACGCCGCUGGACGUGGCCAAGGGAAUGGUGGCCGCCGCAGAGGAGGGUGCGCAGCAAGCGGCCGCCACAGCCUGCUAUGAGGCGCUGAAGUCCAUGGGCGGCAAGGAGUUCAAAGAGCUGAGCUGA